CGUCUCCCCUGGUUUCGUCUCUUGUCUCCUCAGUCCGUCUCUCUGUGGAGAGAAGAGCUCAUCUACCUUCAGCCCAGCAAAGAGGAAUACACCACCGCUCACCAUGUUCACUGUACUGUCCCUGCUUCUCCUGGCAGGAGCACACAGCGCGACGGCACGGAUUCACUCUCUGAAGUAUUUCCACACUGCGUCCUCUCAAGUCCCAAACCUUCCAGAGUUUGUGGGUGUUGGUUUGGUUGAUGACGUUCAGAUGAUUCACUAUGACAGCAACACAGAGAAAGCAGAACCCAAACAGGACUGGAUGUUAAACGCAAAUGAUGCAAAGUACUGGGAGAGGGAGACUCAGGGUUAUUUGAGUUACCAGCAGACCUUCAAAGUCAACAUGGAAACCUUAAAGGAACGCUUCAACCAAACUGGAGGUGUUCACAUUGUCCAGCUGAUGACUGGAUGUGAAUGGGACGAUGAGACUGGAGAAGUUAUAGGUUUUCAUCAGUAUGGUUAUGAUGGAGAAGACUUCAUAUCAUGGGACAUGGAGACAGAGACGUGGAUCGCUCCAACAUCACAGAGUGUCAUCACCAAACUGAAGUGGGAUCAGGAUAAAGCUCUACUCGCUGAUCUUAAGAACUACUACACCCAGGAGUGUCCUUCCUGGCUGAAGAAGUACCUGGAGCAGGGGAGGAGCUCUCUGCUGAGAACAGAGCUUCCCAGGAUUUCUCUCCUCCAGAAGUCUCCCUCCUCUCCAGUCAGCUGCCACGCUACAGGUUUCUUCCCCGACAGCGUCAUGUUGUUCUGGAGGAAAGACGGGGAGGAGCUUCAUGAGGACGUGGACCUCGGAGAGGUCCUCCCCAACCAUGACGGGACCUUCCAGAUGAGCGCUGACCUGAACGUUUCAUCAAUCUCCCCUGAAGACUGGAGGAGGUACGACUGUGUGUUCCAGAUCUCUGGUGUGGAGGACAUCAUCACCAAACUGGACAAAGACUCAGUCGAGUCCAACAGAGGUGAGACUUGAACCAGUGAGGACGCUGGGACACACAUUUCAUCUACAGUAACAGUCCUGCAGGUCAUGUUUGCUGAUGUGUAGCAGGAGAAGUUUUCUUUCAUCAAUGUAUAUAAAUACAUUUAGAUCAGUGUUAAACCAGUGCAUGUGCCCCCCCCCCUUCAUCAUCAUGUGACCCUGAAAAAUUAAGUGAGUUUUAAUGUGUCUGCAACAGUGUCUGAGGAUUUUAUUACUGUUAUUAUCAUUGAUCAAUUAGAUUUACACAUUUAUAAAUGUUUAAAUUUACUUGUAUGAUUGUAUGAUUUUAUUCCAUGAAGUGUUUCUGCAGGUCUCAACUAGAGCCAGACUGAUUUAUCAUGGGUCAGAUGUGAGCCUUUCACAGACACACUGGGAUCAGGGUGGAUGUUUGAUAUGAAAACUUUUAUUCUACAGAAUUAAUGAAGCAGAAAAAACAAACAAAUCUCUCGUACUUUACCUCGAGUUAAAUAUUCUGAUUUUAUUUUAUUUCUAAUUUGGCCUGAACAAGAAAUUAAUUAAUCCAGAGUUGCUUGUUUUUUUUUUGUUUGGUUAUAUUCAUGCUUUGCUGUGUUCUUAACCUUUAAAGUUCAUUUUAGUGGAGAUUAUCAAAGGGUUGUGGGAUGUUUUAAGUAUCUCAUAUGAAAUGUUCUGUUAAUAUUUCAGUUAGUUUAUAGGGACAAGGGACUUUUCUGUUUUAGCCUUGUUAACAUUUACACUGCAAAAAUGAAAAGGUUCGAACAGCGCAAAAUUACUGAACUUAUCUUUCGUAAGUUUAAAAACUUCACAUUUUCUCAAAGCUGCGAGUUCCAGUGUCCCUGCUCGUCAGGCUCCAGAGGAUUCAAGCAGUUUACUCCACAUGCAGACGUGAAGUUGAUCACCCUGAGCAGUGAUGUUCUCCAUAUGAACAUUUGAAUACAUUGAUAUCGUCUUGUUGACCACUCGGACACUUUACCGUACUCACUCAGUCACAUUCACUCAUACAGUGUUUUUCCUGUCACACGUCAAUCACACACAUUGUCCACGAAGCUGUCAGGGGUAGUUUUAACGUUCUGAUUCUUGCUUAUGGACACUUGGGCAUGCGGACCGGAGUAGCUGGGGAUCGAACCUGUGCCCCUCUGGUUAGUGGACAAUCCGGUCUACCUCCUGAGCCACAGCCGCAGAACCAGAAUUUCUGUCCUGUAUUCAAGCUAAACACUCACCUUUAUGACGUUAGGUCACGUUUCCCCUGAUGAGACAUGAGACGUGUCAUAUCACAAACGUACCAUUUUGUGUUUUGCCAACAUAACUUCAGCAACUUUACAAAUUUAACUUAGCAAAGUUAGUUGAAGCAAAUACGUUUACAAAUCCAUUAAAUAUUCUCUGUUGAUUAUAUUUAGAAAUCGCAGUAACACAAUUUCAAGUUUUCAUUUUUACAGUGUAGAAACUGAACGUUGAGGCUCAACUUCUCUUCUUGUGUUGGGUUUUUAUCAAUAAAUGUUAAAUUAAGCUGCUUUGCUGUUUCCUUCCUUUUGUACUUCUGUUUUUAAUAAAGUCUCUGAUCUUC